GGAAUGGCGAUACCAGUAGCGCGCCAGGACGGGUGAUAUGAGUCUAUUGUAUAUAUGCUGGUGAUGUCUCUGACAGCUUGCGCUACUUGCACCGCAACCAAUGGAGCCCUUUCAAGUACGCCUUAAUUGCGUGGAUCAUUACCAAGCCGCCCCGUCAGAAUUUGAUCCUCCGUUCCCUUACAGGGAUGGCUCUACAGGGAAAUGUGACAGGCCAAAAGUGCCCGUAAUUAGGGUAUUCGGCGCUACAGAAACAGGUCAAAAAGUAUGCGUCCAUGUUCAUGGCGCGUUUCCAUACUUGUACGUGCCGUAUGAUGGUGAUUUGAGUCCAGAGGAAGUCGGCCGCGCUACAAAAGAUCUUCAUAUCGCGAUUGACCAUGCACUGGCUUUAAAUUACCGUCGCAAUGCGAAUGACAAAAAGGCCGCAUUUGUUGCCCAUAUCACUUUAGUAAAGGGCGUUCCCUUUUAUGGCUAUCAUGUGGGCUAUCGCUUUUUUUUCAAGAUCUAUCUUCUUUGCCCGACUCAUACGACAAGGGUAGCAGACCUGUUACUUCAAGGAGCUGUACUGAAACAAUCAUUGCAACCUUACGAAAGUCAUCUACAAUACAUUCCGCAAUGGAUGUGCGAUUAUAGUUUGUACGGCUGUGCGUAUAUGAAGUGUAGCAAAGUGAAAUUCCGGUCUCCAAUACCAGAAUAUCUCGAGUUAUCCGAUCUAUCCCACCGCUGGCAUGAUCGAUCUAUACAACCCGACAAUAUCUCGGAUGCAUCAGACCUACCAAAGCAAAGCCACUGCCCUCUAGAAGUUGAUGUCUGCGUACAAGAUAUAUUGAAUCGUCUCGAAGUCCGUGAGAGACCUAUACAUCAUGAUUUCACGGAAUAUCUGAACCCACCCACACAGAAUGAGCGACUCGUUCCGAGCAUGCAAGGGCUAUGGCAGGACGAGACACGCAGGCGAAAGAAGCGCCUGGGACUAAUUGACCCUGGGAGUAGCCCAUUUGGCGCUGAGGAGCUGGUUUCGCUCUCGGCUGAUCCAAGGAGUCCUUAUAGUGGGGUGUGGAUCCAUGAGGAUGAAUAUCGUCAAAUGACCCUCCGAGCAGUUGCUGAGGAAAGACGUCAACAUGGCGGUGGGGAAGUCAAUAUCGAAGACGUUCUCGUACCGGACCCACUCGGGGAGAGUGUCAAAACUGUGCUAGAGAGCGUUGAGGAUCUCUAUCCGGAUAAACAUGAGUUUCUAAAUUUACAAGCACCUCGGGAUUUUGAGAUAAAUGAAUCAGCGAACGCGGACGCCUAUAUCAAUGAAAAUGUGUCCCUAUCUGCAGCGUUCGAUGACGGCUCAUACUGCUCAGACAAUGAUGACAUUACCGACCUUUUCUCAGAGGAAGAUGACGAGGAAGAGGAAACAGAUGCUGUUGAUGACCCGCUGGCAGAUGCGCUCUCUAGGUCACCCUCUGAAAAUUCCCUUGAGCCGAAUACACGCCUAGCGAAUGAUUCUACCAAGGAUACGCAACUCAUCAACCCGACUGGAGGCUAUCGUUCUGGUUCCUAUGCAUUAGGUAGACUAGAAUAUCCCAACACCCAGGAGAAGAUCAGAGACGACUUACAGGUGGUAGAGAGGUCUCUUAAGCGCUCAGAAAGUGAAGUAAUCAAUCAAAUCCAACAUAACAAGAGGCCAAGACACACGAACAAGCCCCUCCAGAAUCCAAAAAUCAAGUCUAAAGUGUGGCCCCAGCCUGAAGUUGCUCGAGCCGAUAUCGCAGAGUUUGAGGACAUGGCACACAGACACGCAUCAUUCAAGGGCUCGCAGUCACGGCCUCUUCCACAAUCGAGGGUUUAUCCCCAAGGUAACGGACAAAAUAGUAGACUUCAUUUUCCUGUCGUCAAGGAUCCCAACGAUCCCAUGACGAUCUUGCGCUUCAGCCAGGAUGGCGAGCCUUCGAAGGCAACACAGGGCAUAGCGGGCAAGACAAAUUUCUCCGAAUCUGAUAUAGAAGUAUCGAAAGAUAUGAGCGAGAUGGAAAGCUCGCCACCAUUGCCCUCGUCUUCGUCAGAAACCAAAUCGAAUGAACUAAACCAUCAUUUGUUAGAUUUGGUCCCUAAAAUCUAUGAAACGUUCAACAUACGGCCAAACGCGCGGAUAGGUUGUUUGCGGCUUGUCUGCCCCAGUCCUAGUGAGGUGUUGUCUACCUUUAGCGAGUACGGCUAUCCGUCUGUUAUCUAUACAAAAGCUCAUUACAGCAACGAGGAUGAUGUCCCAGAUCGCCCACGAGACUAUGCAGGUAGGCAAUUCCGCUUGCAAGGUAGUGGCAUACACUAUCUUCCAGAUUUUGAUUCCUCUGGGCGGUCUCCUGCGAUGCUUGGAGGACAAAAUGCAAUGUUAAGGGACAGGCAAGAGCAAGAGCAAAUUGACCAGUGGCUCAGAGAGUCCUCCACCUCUAAGACCUGGGAGUUCGCACCUAUGCCGCCAAGCCGUUCCGAAGUUAUACAGUGGUUCGAGAGCAGACAAUCGGAACCGGAGGGUGAAACUGUACAGUCAGAGCAGCAUUCACGCGAACCGAAACCGAAAACGAAACUUAACAUCCUCUCACAAAUUGAGGGUCCUACACAAAAGAAUGAAUAUGGAUUCAAGUACUCGCAGAAAGAUGCCAGCGUCGAAUACCAAACACAAUACAUGAGCAUAAUGAGCUUAGAGGUUCAUGUGAAUACGCGCGGUGUACUUGCUCCGAACCCAGAAGAAGAUGAGAUAGCUUGCAUCUCCUGGUGCAUACAAACGGAUGAUGAGGACCUCGAUGUCAACAGUCACAUCUCAGGCGUUCACGUUGGAAUGGUUUUUCAAGGAGAAUAUGAUGCACCUGAAGUAAAACUUACUAAGGCUCUGAGAAUUGAUAUAGAGCACGAGUCAACGGAGUUGGAUUUGAUCAACCGACUAAUAGAUAUUGUCCGGCUGUAUGAUCCAGAUAUAAUCACCGGCUAUGAAGUUCACAAUGGCUCUUGGGGAUAUGUGAUUGAGAGGGCUAGAAAGAAGUAUGACUUUGAUAUUUGUGACGAACUCUCGAGAGUGAAGUCACAGGCGCAUGGUAGGUUUGGUAAAGAUGCUGAUCGAUGGGGAUUUAAUCACACCUCUUCUAUUCGAGUGACUGGACGACAUAUGAUCAAUAUCUGGCGAGCUAUGAGAGGUGAGCUGAAUCUGCUCCAAUACAGCAUGGAGAACGUUGUGUUCCAUUUACUACAUCGUCGGAUACCUCAUUAUUCGUUUCGUGAUCUCACCGAAUGGUAUCAAAGCGGAAAGCCUCGCGAUCUCAUGAAACUUGUCGAUUAUUUUGUGUCGCGAGUGCAAAUGAACCUUGAAAUCCUAGAAUCAAAUGAGUUUGUACCGAGAACCAGUGAACAGGCACGACUAUUAGGCAUCGACUUUUUUUCGGUCUUUUCUCGAGGUUCCCAGUUCAAAGUCGAGUCGUUGAUGUUCCGUAUCGCAAAACCCGAGAACUUCCUACUCGUGUCGCCGAGCAAGAAACAAGUUGGCCAACAGAAUGCCCUUGAAUGCCUCCCAUUGGUAAUGGAACCUCAGAGCGACUUCUAUACCAACCCUCUUCUGGUCUUGGAUUUCCAGUCACUAUACCCUAGCAUCAUGAUCGCGUAUAAUUACUGCUAUUCUACAUUUCUUGGAAGAGUACACCAAUGGAGAGGCCGAGAUAAAAUGGGGUUCACCGAGUACGAAAGACAACCACGAAUUCUAGAAUUGUUAAAGGACAAGAUCAACAUCGCCCCAAACGGCAUGAUGUAUGCGAAGUCAGAAGUGCGCAAGUCACUCCUUGCAAGAAUGCUUGCCGAGAUACUGGAGACUCGAGUGAUGGUAAAGACCGGAAUGAAAUUGGACAAAGAUGACAAAGCGCUGCAACGUCUUCUCAACAAUAGACAGCUCGCUCUCAAGCUGAUUGCGAACGUCACAUACGGCUACACAUCCGCAUCGUUCUCUGGGCGAAUGCCUUGUUCUGAGAUAGCCGAUAGCAUCGUUCAAUCGGGACGAGAGACACUAGAGAAGGCCAUUGCUCUGAUUCAUUCUGUCGAGCGUUGGGGCGCUGAGGUCGUAUACGGAGACACGGACAGUCUCUUCGUACACCUCAAGGGACGCACAAGAGACGAAGCCUUCGAUAUAGGAGAAGAGAUCGCCAAAGCCGUCACAGACAUGAAUCCAACCCCGGUAAAACUCAAGUUCGAAAAGGUCUACCACCCAUGCAUACUCCUAGCCAAGAAACGCUACGUCGGUUUCAAAUAUGAACACAGAGACCAAAAGGAACCCGAGUUCGACGCUAAGGGAAUUGAAACGGUCCGACGAGACGGCACGCCUGCCGAACAGAAGAUCGAAGAAAAAGCACUCAAACUCCUCUUCCGAACGGCGGACCUAAGCCAAGUCAAACGAUACUUCCAGAAACAGUGUACAAAGAUCCUACAAGGACGAGUCUCCAUCCAAGACUUUUGCUUCGCCCGAGAAGUAAAACUCGGCAAAUACAGCGAGCGCGGCCUCCCUCCGCCAGGCGCUCUAAUCAGCACCAAGAAAAUGCUCGAAGACCCCCGCCUUGAACCCCAAUACGGAGAACGUAUCCCCUACGUCGUCGUAGCCGGCGCCCCAGGCUCAAGACUAAUCGACCGUUGUGUUCCACCAGAGACACUCCUACAAGACGCGCAACUAGACCUCGACGCCGAAUACUACAUCGCCAAAAACAUCAUCCCGCCCUUAGAACGAAUCUUCAAUCUCGUCGGCGCCAACGUCCGCCAAUGGUACGACGAGAUGCCGAAAGUACAACGCAUCCGCCGCGUAGAAGGAACAGCCACUUCCUCCGGCAAGGACGCCAAAAAGACUACCCUCGAAUCAUACAUGAAAUCUUCAACGUGCAUCGUCUGCAAAGCCAAACUAGACGAUACCGAUGUUCCGGUCUGUACUGAGUGCAUGCGGCAGCCGCAUAUUUCUCUGCUUGAUUUGGUUACUCGUCAGCGACAUGCAGAGAAGAGCGUUUCUGAUCUGUUGCGUGUUUGUCGGUCUUGUAUGGGCGUUCCGUUUGAUGAUGAGGUGAAGUGUGAUAGCAAGGAUUGUCCUGUUUUCUAUUCUAGGACUAGAUAUGUGGCUAAUUGGAGACAUACCAAAGCGGUUUUGGAUCCUGUGGUCAACUUAUUGCAGGAUAAGAGUGAGAAUGCGUUGGAAUGGUAGGUGGAGGAUUGGAGGCUGUUAUACACUAAUAAUGCUUAAUGUUAUUGUACUGUGCAAUGUGGCGUUGGUUAUUAGGGGAGGUUUUUGUGUUUAUCACCAUGGAGGUGCAAUAUCCUGGGAUCCGGUGUGUUGAACUGGGC